AUGGCUCUACCUCGUCCCACCGCACGGUCUUCGCGCACCCUAGAUAAUCUCAAAACUUCUACCGACACUCUCAGUGGAGCAGAUUCCCAAGCCCUGCGAUCCUUCUGCACUUCCGAAUACCUGAACGUUACAACAAUCGAUGACGAGUAUGGCCAAUCUAUACGGAACCGAUCUCUCAAGUCCCUCAAAGCUCGCUUUCAAGCGCGAUGCACGUUAAUUGGAAAAGAGGCAGCCACCCAAGAAAUCUUCGACAUGCGAUGGGGCCCCACACGCGUUCCGAUUUACAAUGUGAUGCUCACGCUGAAGUUCAUGAUGGCUUCCGUUCCCGGUUCCCGCUCCGACUUUCUCAACAUCACAGACUUCCUCGUCAAGACAGCGGAGGUGCCCGUGGACGGAGCGGACAUGUCUGGCACUACGGCCCUCAUGCACGCCAUCGGAACGAAACCGUAUCUCGAUACCGAAUUCGCCCAAGCCCUCCUGGACACUGGUGCAAACAUCAACCGCCGCAACCGCUACGGCGAAACCACUGCUCAUGAGAUCUCGAAAGUGCAUGCGUUCCCCGCUGAGAACAAGACUAAGGCGCUUGAAGCCUUGAAGUGGUUUGUAGACCACGGCGGAGAUGUUGACAUCAAGGACUCUGAAGGCAUUACGCCUAGGUUUAUGAUCACAAAUACGGCUGUCAAGCAGAUCGCGCCACGGAUGGUGAACGUCCUGCCAGCCGGUACCACUUCGGGUCGCAGAUGCAGCGCUUGCAACAGUAACGAGGCAUAUCUUGAGAAGGCGUUGGCUGCUUGUGCGGCCUGCAAGACCGUCUCUUAUUGCUCGAAGGAGUGCCAGAAGAUCGAUUGGCGCCGAGGCCAUAAGAAGCAAUGCGGUGUGGCUACUUAGGGUGCUGCUAACUCUUUGUCUAAGACUUGAAUGUCGCAAGGUCCAAGGUCACUUCUAUUCUAUGGUCGAUAGCAAGCGAAUCAACAAAUGUCGAGAAGUCAAAAGGCCACACACAGUGAACGAAAGGUUGAAGAUUCUAUAGAGGAAUGGCGACUGUAGAGGAUUAGACCUACAAAGUAUCCAAC